AUGUUCUGUCUUGCCGCGGCUCGUGCCGUUACCAGGAGGCUUCCGCUCAGGCAAAUCGUCGGCAAGGACGUUGGGCCGAGAUGGAAAAGUUGGGCGGGCCUCGCGAGGGCCGAGCGAAGGGCGGUAGCGACGGCCGACAUCCGACGAAGAGACGCGGAGGCGGCGGCCGCUGCCGCCGCCGCACUCUCCGCCUACCUGGAAGCAGUCUGCGGCGGUGCCGGCGGGGGAGGUGCUGACGAACGGCGAAAGUCGGGGGCGGAAGGGGAGGGGGCGGGACAGGACUCCACAGAGGCGUUUGUGGAGCUAUCGGGAAGAUGGUGUGGGAACGAGCUCCUCGCGUUAACGUGGGUGGAAGUGUCGAAGGCUUUGGAAGCGCUGGAAGCGGCCCAGGCGGGACACAGAAUAGCGUUAGGCCGCCUCCGAGAUUCUAAGCGACAGGUGGCCACGCAGCAGGAGGAGACAAGCAGCGCAAACCAAGUCGUGGACGACCUUCGCCAGGAGUUGUCCCGGCUGCGAGGCACGGAGGCCCAGCUUCAGUCAACUUCGGCGCAAUUGCAAGCUGCCAGAGAUAGAGAACGAAGGCAGAGGGCCCACGUGGAUGCGGUGUGGUCGCAGCUGUCCAGCAUCGGUGCCGUCUCCCCGGGCGGCCUCGAGGACAGCAAUAUCGAUGACAAGGACAACAACGAGCUGUUCCCGCGCCGGAAAGGUUGCCUUGUUGGAGAGAGCGGCAGCGGAGUGGCCGUUGUAGAAGGAGGUUCAAUUGCUGGCGGCGGCCUGGAUGACGAGGGCAGGCUGUCGGAGAUCCCGCGAGGGAUUCGGAGAUUGGUAUCGGAGUGGGCCGACCGCGGCAAAGGUUUGGAAACCUUGACUGGGCGUCUGCGGGAAGAGGGGGCGCGGCGAGACGAGGAAAGAAGGGAGCUGGAGACCGCCGCUGCCGCCGCCAGGGAGGAGGCAGAGGCCCGGAGGGAGGAGGUGGCGAGACUGGCGGUGGAUUUCGAGACUAGGGCGGCGUGCGCAGAAGCGGGGAUGGACGAGAAGGUGGCCAAAGUCCAAGCCGACGCCGUGGCAGACGCAAACCUAAGGGUUUCCAAUGUUUCGGAGGAGGCGUCUCGGAGGGUGGCCGCGGCCACCGCCGACGCCGCUCGCCAGGUAGCAGAAGCGGUCGAAACCGCCGAACGAAAGGUUAAGGAGGCUGCCUCUGACGCCGAGGAGAGGGUGGCGCUGGCGAGGGGGGACGCGGCUGAGAAGGAGGAGGAGGCGAACCGCAGGGCAUUGGCGGCGGCAAGAGACAGCGAAACGGCAGCCGUCGCGCUCUCCCGUUCGGCAGUUGAGAGGCAGCUCUCCGCCGAGGCGGCCCUGAAAAUUCUGGGAAGGUUCGUUGGGCCGCUGCACCGACUGUGCCUGGAGCUGAGAGAGCAGAAGAGAUUUCUCUCAAGGAGCUAUCGGAGAGAUGCCCCGCUUCAGGCGGAGCUGUUCUCCGUUGCGGCCGCCGUGACCGGAAAGGACUACUGGUGCCUCCUCUCCGCCACAACCGACAUCGACAUCGACAUCGCAAGCCCCAACGACGCCACCACGCGGCGACGGGAAAAAAAACCCAGUGGCAACGGCCGCCGCCUGCUGUACGACGGCGCUUGUGUAGGAGAUGACUGUCAUGGCGAUGAUGACGACGUCCCCGCCGUUCGUGUCCCACCGUCCCUUCGUGCGGUAGUGAUCGCUGUUGUCGCGGCUAACCGACUCGCGGCAUUCGCACAGGCAUCGUCCGCCGCUCGCCGCACCUACCACAAUGACAGCGUAGGGGGGCCUGCGGCUGGCGCUACCGCCGGGGUGGCGGGCGGCGAGACGGACGCCCGAUACUUGGUGGGUUUGUGGCUGAUGGUACGGGUGGGAGCGGGGGCAUGCCAGUGA